CCCGUUCGCGUAACAUUUUUCUCGUGUCUAUCCGUCGCUUCGUACGUACCGUGGCUGCAGUUCGAACGUUUCGCAUCAAGAUGUAAAUUGUGCUAGUGUUUCAGUGUUCCGCCUACCCGUUUUUUAUUAUUCGUCGUUUUCAGUGUCGCGGAGGAAAAUAUUUUUGCAAAUUCGUUAGCAAGAAAACAAAGUUCGUUCGAACGGUGCACGCUUCUGCGAGAGAGAGAUUUGAGUCGCAUUGGUGAUCCGGACUGAAUCAAAUCAAAAAUUGGUAAAAUUAAUCUGAUGCCUUGCAUUAUUGCAGUUGAUUAUCCCUCACCAAGAGUGGGUGCAUUGGUUAUACCAGACAAGGUUUUCGCACAUAUUUUUAAUUAACCUCGUAAAAACAUCGCAUAAAGAACCGACAAAGUGAGUGAAAACAAAGCAAAAAUUAGUAGAAAGCAAUGUUCCAUUGUUACGAAACGGCCGCCCUCGCCGGGGGCUCUGCUGGUAAAGUCCCAGGCCUGUAAAACCUCAAACUAGCAUGGAAGAGGUAAAACAGUUACCGCUACUGUAUGAGAAACGUGUGAAAUAAAGUGAAUCGAAAAAAGUGCUAACAGUGUGCCACAGCACGUUCCAUACACAGCUGAGAAGAUAGAAAAAAGGCGUGCAACGCAUGAAUGAAGUGCUCCCUAGAGGGUCUGUGGAUAUCCGUUCGAGGCUGUCGUGACCGACGUUAAACGGGAGUGUCAGUUACUCAGACUGUCCAGAAGCAUUAGUGGCGACUUGCUCGAUCGGCGACCGGUUGUACCCGGGCAGUAGCAAUAUGAGCUGGCUUCGGUCCAGUCCACUGCGGCACAGCUUCUCUAAAUCCGGAGGCAGUACCGGCAGCGGGACAUCGGGUCGCGGAGGAAGUUCCUCUAACGGAACUAUGCGAGCGUUCGAUGCAUCCGAGUGUGAUCCAAAGGCGUGUUACGACAGCUUCUGCAUCCACUGGCAGCAGGCGUACGAAAUCAUUCUACGAUCGGAGAACAACCGUGGUCAGGCACAUGAUGACGUACUCGCAGUGGUCAUUCAUCUGGACCACAUGGUCACCUUGCUGUUAGUGGAAUUACAUCACUGCAACAAGGUCAGUCUACCAGGAGCGCCGGUUCCUCCUGCUCCUUGCCUGGAACAUUUGCUAAGCGAAAACCUGCUCGACAAGCUGUACGAGUGGGGCAUCAAAACCGGAAGAUAUGCCAACGCCGUUCGCUUAGAGCAGCUCAAACUGUACGAACAACUGGUGAGUCACAGUCGUCACCAGUUGCUGGUCCACGAGCCAUUUUUAAGGCCACUCCUUAAACUUCUUGCAUCAAGCCAGAAUGAAAUUUAUCCACCGGAUGUGGAAAAGCGAUUGGUGAUUCUGCUCAAUCAGCUGUGCGUACUGCUGAUGCAGAACGUGCAUCUGCUGGAUUUGUUUUUCUUCUCCAAUGCUCAACAAAACGGUACAGGGGGUCACACCAACUUUAUAAUCUUCUCCCUGCUCAUACCAUACGUCCACCGGGAGGGUUCGCUAGGACAUCAAGCUCGUGAUGCACUUCUGCUAUGCAUGGCUCUCUCGCAGAAGAACUCCAAUGUCGGAACGUAUAUCGCCACCUAUUCAUCGAUUUGUCCAGUUCUGGUUACCGGCCUGGGUGGUUUGUACUCAAGGUUGCCAAAUCAGAUCGAUGUCAAAACUAGCGACUGGUAUCGUGUAACCACGGACGACGUCACAGAAAUGCAAGAACUAACGCUCUUUAUGAACUCGUUAGAAUUCUGUAACGCGGUGGUACAGGUAGCGCACAGUAUGAUCCGACAGCAGCUGCUGGAUUUUCUAUAUCAGGGAUUCCUGGUACCGGUACUGGGACCGGCGAUUCUGCAGACAUUUAAAGGUAGAGGUCAAUUGCAGACUAACGUCGAGUCGCAGGUUUCCGCCAUGGCCUAUCUGGAUUUGAUAGUCCGCUCGGUUACGGAGCCGGGCCUAACGCAGAUAAUCGUUCGAUUUCUGCUCGAUACAGCGAAAUUCGACGGCCAACGGAUAUUGGACGUGUUGGUGGAGCGACUCAACAGCAGUGACUCAAGGCUUUGCAUGGUAGCCCUGUCGCUGUUCGACACUCUGCUAAGUCUUAACUGCGAGGAUAUCAUGCUUGAACUGGUACUCAAGCAUCUGCUCCACUGUCAGCAUGUGCCGAUAUCUCAUCGCUACAAAGUCAACCGCGUGGAUCCGUAUGGUAAUUCGGUGGAGUAUUUUCUGAACAUAUCACCGGAGAUCAUGAAAAAGGUAAACAACGUACUAAACAUCAACAAUAACAACACGCUGUUGUCCGGCGGUGAGAACAACGAAAGAAAUAUUAGCAAAACCAUUGGGGCCAACUGGAACCAUUACGGGCUGAAUACGGGUGAAACUUUACUCGCCAGCUAUCAAGCUUACCUGUUGGAAGCACGGAACCGGAUUGUGCAAUGCAAGCAUGCCUGUGAUCAAUGGAACAAUACGUACCGUUACCAAAAAUUAAGCAAGCAAGCGAUGAAUAACAACAGCAACAAUAGCCAAAACGUAAAUAGCGGUAGUAAUAGUCUUAAUCAAGCCAGCACCAACGGAACGACCGACGAUGUACGAGCCUACAAAGUACAAAUGAUCAAGAACUUUCUGGAGGAGUUUGUCACCGGUCGAGGUCCGGACAGCGGUCUGGAGGUGGCAAAUGACACCGAUCGCUCUAGCCAGUGCCAAUCGCCAGCAACGAUGUUUGGUCCACCAGGCGGGGGUUCGACACAUCUGUCGGCUAUGACUAAACAACUGGACAGUUUGCAGUCGCUGGGCGACAGUAGCGGGUACGAAAGCUUAAACAUCACUAAUUUGGACAGGGGAAGCGAGGAUGGCCGGCGACAGGAGCUGUGGAAGAUAUCUAGUGUGCGUGAGGAAACCGUUGUCGAUCUGGAUCUGUCCGAGGAUUUGUUUGCUCAGGGGACCAUCAGCUUAGGUCCCUUUCUCACGGCCAUAUGGGGUAAGCUGCAAACGUUCACCAGCAAUUGUUUGUAUGUGAACCUGCAGCUAACCGGACUCAUCAGUCAUUUAGCUUGGUUUCCUCUACCUUUGCUGCACUCGAUUCUGCUCCGACCGGACAUACCGACUACUUCCGAUACGCCAUCUUUCCAUCAAGUCCUAAAAAUUCUCAAACAGCAAAUUGACGCCGAACUACCUGAUGGCGACGAAUCAUUGGAAAUUGUGGACGUGGCGCGAUCCUUCCUGGUGGAUCGAGAAUUUCGACUAAUUAACAUGCGAAAAAAUGCGAUCGAAUCCAGUACGAGCAGUAACAAGCAGCCGUUGCUCUUCAACGGAACUGGAACGCUGAUGGGCGGUUCUGGAAGCAUUUCGAUGACCUCCAGCCUAUCGCAGACGACACCGAUGCAGCUGACGCCAAGUUCAUCGUACGAUCCGUUCAAACGAAACGACGCCAAGCGGAAAAGUAUAGGCACUUCCUUCUCCGGCUUCUUUCGAAGGCCGGCCUCCUCCGCUUCAUCCGGUAUAGCACAAGUAUUUCAAUUUUUUACUGGAGGAUCAAGCAAUAACGCUGCACCUACCAGUCAGUCGUCCUCGACAGCUUCGACUGCGCCGUCCAGUUCGCAAUCGACCACCAGCUCGGGUGUAAGCAGUCUGGUAACGACCGGCGGUGGCAGCCGACGGGAAUCCCGUGAAGCAGAGACCCAAUUUAUGGAUCGUCCCACAGCGAGUAAUACUGUUAGUUCCUUAAAUGUCAAUUCCUCCGGGCCUGGUAGUGGUCACAACAGCUUAGAGUAUACGUCGGUUAACAUCAACGGGUCCGUUAUAGGAGUUGGUAGUGAACGGCAACGGGAUUUGGCCGUUAGUGCGGUCAUAUUAGACGAAUGGCUGAAGGAGCUGGCGGCCAUCACGCAGGAACAGUGCAUUGUUAUGAUAUCCGAACAGAUAUUAGCUCCUAAUAGAAGCAGCUGAAGGAGAAGAAAAGGAGGAAGGCAACUUCCUCCUCGCCGCCAGCCAAUCAGCUCAUGAUAGGUUUAUUAUUCACGCGAAAUUUUACCUAUGCCGAACCCCAAAAGAACUGUUUUUAACUCUUGAUUUUAAUCUAAUAUUUCUGUGCAAUUUGCUACGCCGGAAACGAUGUAAUGUACAUGCACAAACAAAUAUUCCGCUUUCUAAUCAUUUCUAAAAUGAUUUUUCUUCCGUGUAUUUAUUGAAAAUAUUUUAAUGUUUAAUUCUUUUUAUCGAUCAAGAAGAAAAUUUUACUUCCUUCACAUUCUAAAGUUUUCAAACUGUUCAACUGAUCGCGAGCAAUUAGUUUACUAAAAAACAAGAUCUCUCUCGCUCAGAACAGGAACCGUUUACAACGACUAUUAACUGUGUUUUUUAAAUUGAUUAUACGUACGCGAUUUAUUUUCACACGUUUCUAAACCUAACGAAUCUUCAACGGCUGCUCACGAAACACGUCCAAUUACUUGAUUUUGCGUUAUCACAGGGAAUAACGCUUGUUAAAAAAAGGAUAAAAGUAGGUACAUGUUCUCUAGAUAAUCUUCUGUGAGAUAUUCUAUUAACGAUAUGUAUAGGUGAAGCAAUAUAAUAAUACAAUAGGAGCGAAAGUGUGAGGACCGUUUGAAGAAAAGGAUUGGCGGGAGAUUAGCAGCAUUGUGGGAAGUUUUUUUUUUUGUAAAAUAUACACACUGACAAAUUGAUGACAUUCAUGAUGAUA